CCUGGGUGCUCUCUACCCUUACCUCUCCAUCACGAUGCCUCCAAAACGCACCAAGAAGACUCCAGCAGUCCCAAAGAUCCAGGGCAAACUCAACUUCCAGCGUCUCCCAAAGCCACAGACUACCGUCUCGCCUCUCGUUCAAAUACUCUCCCAGUACGAGCUCAUGAUCAUGGUCACCGAUCAGCUCUCUUCGGCCGACAUCAUCCACCUCACCGCAACCUGCAAGGAAAUCAAGAUGUACCUUACCGACGACAAGACUAUCUACUCCAGCAUCACGCAGCGAGCCAAUUGUGACGGCAAGGGCAUCGAAGCCAGAGCAAAGUGCUUUGGUCACUGGAACGGCAAUGUCACCGAGGCCAAUGCUCAGUGCGGAGGUUCGGACUGCCAACCCUGUGAUGGCUGCAGCGCCAUGGUCUGCAACUGCCGUUUCCAUAUCAUCUACAUGGUCAAUUCGCCCUGUUGCAGGGAAGAUGCCGCACACUGGGAAAGCCACGAAGCCGACUACGCAGAAGACCUCGAAGCUGUACGCCCUGGAUUUCACUCGGGCAACUUUCCCAUCGAAAGCAUCCGAGCCGCUUACCUAGCUGGCGAGGCUCGCGAGCGCCGCUACUGUUCGAAAUGCGAGCCACACCUGCAAGAUGAAGAGGGACUAUGCUCCGAAUACCUCUUCGACAUCCUCGGCAUGUGUGAAGAAUACGACGAUUGGUGCUGCUGCGACUUGGCCAAUCACUUCAUCGAGAACAGCUGGCUCUGCAUUCCAUGUGUCAUCAAACAAGAGGCGGAGGCAUACGGCCGCCGUCUGAAAAGAGAAAUCUACAAGUGUGAGAAGAAGGAAGACGAAGAAGAAAGGACCAGGAAGCAUGUCAAGACUUAUCUUUGCGACUGCGGUCGUGUUGCUGACAUCCGAUACCUGGUCUCCUGCAGGUGGUGUGACGAAUACAUCCAGACUCCUGAGGUGGACGCGCUUCUCAACGGAUUUUUG